GGUCUGGGCGCCAUGAGUGGGGCGAGGAGCGCACUGGGCCUGUCUGUGCGGGCCCCGCGGCCGGGCUGGCUGUGGGGGGCUGCGGCCGCGCUGCUGGGGCUGAGCGCGCUGGUCGGAGCAUGGCGCUGGGUCGCUGGGCUGAGGCGAGCGGCGGAGCGCCGCCGGCGCCUGCAGCGGGUGGGGACGGUGAUGAGCAUAUUCGUGUACCCGGUGAAGUCGUGCCGGGGCAUGGCGGUGCGGGAGGCGCAGGUGACGCCGAUGGGGCUGCGGAGCGGCGAGCUGCGGGACAGGUUUUGGCUUGUGAUCAAGGAAGAUGGGCAAAUGGUUACAGCUCGGCAGGAGCCCCGGCUCGUCCUCAUUUCUGUCAGCUCUGAGGAUGGGCACUUGAUCUUGGAGGCACCAGAAAUGAAGAACCUGUACUUGCCUGUGAAGCUGCCCAGGAAAAACCGUGUGGUGAACUGCAGGGUGUUUGGACUGGAUAUCCAAGGCAGGGACUGUGGAGAUGAAGUGGCUCAGUGGAUCACCACUUUCCUGAAUUCGGAGCCAUAUCGCCUGGUGCACUUUGAGCCCUCCAUGGUGCCAAGAAAGUCAAAAGAUGUAAUAAAUCUUUUCCGAGCCACAGAUGAGGUUGCCUAUCCUGACUGUAGCCCAGUCUUGGUCAUCUCAGAAGCUUCAUUGGACGAUUUAAAUGCCAAGCUAGAGAAGAAAGUGAAGAUACAGAACUUCAGGCCAAAUAUUUUUGUGACGGAUUGCAGUGCUUUUGAGGAGGACACCUGGGAGGAUGUUCUUAUUGGCGAUGUGGAAAUGAAAGGGACAGUGUGUUGUGCCAGGUGUAUUUUAACAACUGUUAACCCAGACACUGGGGUGCUGGACAGGAAAGAGCCCUUGGAAACAUUGAAAAGUUACCGCUUAUGUGAUCCAUCGGAGCGACACAUCUACAAAUCCAGCCCUCUCUUUGGGAGAUACUUUGCUGUUGACAAAACUGGAACAAUUCAAGUUGGAGACCCUGUGUACAAGAUGGUCCAGUAAUAAGGGAGACUUCAAACAGACAAUAACUUUUCACUUUGAUGCACAAAUUGGUUUUCCAUUAACAGAAUCACCAGCAUAACUUUUUCUUAUUUUGUGCAGUAUUUUUCAUGCUAUAUUCAUUUGUAAGGUGCAGGGGAGUCUUUGAGGCUAUGAAAUGCCAGCCAUUUCAGAUCAUGUAAUCUACUAGUAUGCCUGUAGCAGCCACAACUUUAGUUCUUCUGGAGGCUGUGUUAGAAGGCUGUGAUCCAAGGCUGACUUCACAGCACUACUGUGAGUCACACCCCCUACAAUUUUAUGUCAAACCCAGUAUUGGAAUUGAAAACACAAGGGCUUUGCAUCUUGCGUUAGAUACAUUAAGUGCCUACAGAGAACCACAAAAAAAGUCAUGCCA